UAACGGUGUCGCGCUGUGAUGACGUCACACUUUAGUUAAACGCAAUGGCGGCUCAUGCUAACGAGCUCGAGAUCGCAAAGAAAAAUUUAACAGAUGCCAUUGGUGAUAAUGUUAAGCAUUAUUGGGCUAAUCUGAAGUUAUGGUUCAAACACAAGAUCAGUAAAGAAGAAUUUGACAUUGAAGCACGUCGACUGUUGGCACAGGAAAAUGUACAUGUACACAACGAUUUCCUCCUCGCCAUUCUCACGCGAUGCCAGAUCAUUGUUUCCACACCAGAGGGCACCGGAUCGUUACAGUGGCAGGGGAACUGUCCUCCAAAGCCUGGCAAAGCGAAAGGAAAGAAAAAAUGUUCCUCUAGACAAAAAUUUGAUCAUCGCUUUCAGCCUCACAACCCUCUCAGUGCCGCUCAGCCCUUCAGCCCACGGGAAGCAGGAGGUGAGGAGGAAGAGCUGCGCCUGAGUGCCCACACUCUGCUGCUGCCCACCCGGGGCCAGCUGGAGGCCCGCAUGAUGGUGACUGCUUUUGAGCUGGGCCUCGACAAUGUCACAGAGGAGGCCAUCAGCACCAUGUCCUAUGCUGUUGAGCACCACCUGAAAGACGUCCUCACAGCCGUUAUCACUCGGAGGAAAGCGUACCGAUUGCGAGACGGCCACUUCCCUUAUGCCUUCGGCAGCGACGUCACGCCGCAGCCGUAUCUGAAAAACAGCCUGGCGGCCUACCACAGCGUUACGGAAUGUCCUCCUGCAAAUGCCUCCCUCCCUGCAGGCCCUCCACCUCAGAUCCCCCCCGACGAGGCCGAGCAGAAAGCUGUCCACCUUCUGGCCUGCUCCUCCAGCAGUCCGUCAGCUCCACUCCCUCCAAUCAGCAUGUUUGACCUCCUUCAAGCUUUGCAGGUGCAUCGCAGCGUGAUGCCCUCCCACACCAUGUACGCCCUGAACGUGGAGCGCAUCCUGGCUCACCUCUGGCACCCCAGUCACGAAGAACUGGAGCAGGACCGCGUGCAUCGGCAGCGGCUCGCGGUUAAAGAGGGCGUGGCGGUUAGCUGAAUGCCGCUGACACCGGACCGCAAAGGGGAAUCGGAGCAGAGUCGGUGGCGGUAGAUGCGAGGCUUUGCUGGGAAAAGCACUGCAGUUCACGGAAAUAUAAAUAUGACGGAACAAAUGUGCUGAGAAACCUAAAAGGAGUCUUGUUUAGGUUUUAAAUGCAUUCAGACCAUCGUUGUUUCAUGGCUUUUCUAUUGAACUUGAUGUAAAUUUAUCGUUUGUUUUUUAGUUUUAUCUAAUUUACAGCAGUUCAAGUUGGAUUUUUCACUCACAGCCUUUGACCACAAACCCCUGCAACAAAAACACAAAAGGGGCACUUGACUUUAAAAAUGUUGCUUAACAGAUGUGAAGGAGCCACACUGUGGAAAAGUACAUUCUUUCAUCUCGCAGCAGGUCGGGUCAGCUGACUCCAUGAAUGCACUGACGAAGCAGGUUUUUCUGGUCACCAAGUCAAACCUUCACGAGUCGAGGAUAUUCCACUGCGACGUAAGCAGAGCUCACAUUCUGAAGGUGAAACUGAUGGUAGGACGCACACAGAUCUAAACAUCGUCGGUCUCCAGUACGUGCUGGCAGUGCAACUCAUUUAAAUCAAAGCAACGUCUUGAGUGUAAGGCCGGAUGGAGACCAAAAGUUGUGAAAUGUGCAGCAGCUUCUAAAACCAGCUCCGCAUGUCUCUAUUUAGCCCUGAACUGCAGGCUAUUUUCUGGUGACACCAUCUGUACAAAAGAUUUUUUUUUAUGCUUAUAUGUAAAUAAAGCACAUUUAUACUG